UUCAGCUUCACCGCUGCGGCAUCGCAAACAUGCAGGUGGAUGGCAAGGUGGUGGAUGGCAGCCUGCUGGGAGAUGCCAACGGCGUUGAACCUGCUCCGGGCAGAGUGAAGGCUUCUGGGAAAUGGCAGAAGCCGCGGUUUUCUCGUAAAGCUCUGAUGAAAUGCUGUUUAGUGAAGUGGAUCAUCGCCAGCACACAGCCGCAGGACAAAGACGACAGCAGUGACAGUGAUCUGGAGCUCUCCACAGUGCGUCACCAACCAGAGGGACUGGACCAACUGCAAGCUCAAACUAAAUUCACCAGGAAGGAGCUCCAGUCUCUAUACCGGGGUUUCAAAAAUGAGUGCCCAAGUGGAUUGGUUGAUGAGGAAACAUUCAAGUCCAUUUAUGCUCAGUUCUUUCCUCAAGGAGAUGCAACAACCUAUGCUCAUUUCCUCUUCAAUGCAUUUGACAUCAACCGUAAUGGCUCCAUUCGCUUUGAGGACUUUGUCAUUGGUUUGUCCGUGUUGCUCCGAGGGUCCGUCACAGAAAAACUUAACUGGGCAUUCAACCUCUAUGACAUCAAUAAAGACGGAUACAUCACCAAAGAGGAAAUGUUAGCAAUUAUGAAAUCCAUCUAUGACAUGAUGGGACGAUACACUUACCCCUGUGUGCGGGACGAUGCUCCUUCAGAGCAUGUGGACAAGUUCUUCCAGAAAAUGGAUCGAAAUCGUGACGGUGUUGUGACAAUUGAAGAAUUCAUUGAAACUUGUCAGAAGGAUGAAAAUAUAAUGAGCUCCAUGCAGUUGUUUGAAAAUGUGAUAUGAGGGACAACUCAACAAUCUACCUACAAACUACGCACACAUACACCAAAUCUACAGGCACAAUACUUAAGAUGCCCCACUAUAGCUGCUAUGGAUUCUAAAGACCACUAGUAACAAAAUAAGAGCUUCCUGAAGAGUAUGUCCUGUGUUUUUGUUCUAUAUAUCUUUUGUUCUCUGAUAACAACCAAAAUUUAUGAGGGGAAAAGUUAUCAUUAACGUCCAUGUCCUUGGAUCACAAAGACUCACAACUAUAUAAUCUUUCACACAUUUCUCUUACACUAGCUUCACACAGACUUCUAUUCUCCCUUGUACUAACAUAUCAAUAUAAUCACUGGAUCUGAGCAUGGGGAUAAUGAAACUUUGGGUUAGAAAUAAAUAAGUUAAAAUGGAACUGGCACAAAAAUAAGCAUGUUUGUCAACAAAAUGUGACGUGAAUUGCUUGCACUGAAACUGUAUGUAUAAUACGCCAUAUAGGCACUGUAGAUAACUGUUCUGUAUAUAUGUAUAAUUAAUAACACAUGCCCCAUCUGUGCUGCACUGUCUGGGCCAUUUUCCCUAAAAAUAUUUAUUGAUUCCUUUAAGAGAACAGAAAUUAAGUUGAUCAUUUGCUUAAAAAGUAUAAUCCAAACUUGCUCUUAUUUUAAAGAAAAACAGACUGUUAAUGUUUGUAUAUGCUGAUUAAAGUAAUCUAAACUUUGAUUUUUAGAUAUUGAGCAUGCUCACUUUUAAGUGCCACAGUAUAAUGUACAAUACAGUAAUUGGACUUACGUCAUGGCCUGAACACA